AUGGACCCUUCUUCCCGUAACUCUCACGGGUUUGUUAACUUGUUAGCUUCGCAGAGCAGUCCACCAAUAGACAUAGACUCUGCUGAAGCACAUGUUACCUCUCCCGGGUUAGUUAAACCAGCGGAAAGGAAAAGGUGGUCAACCAAAGAGGACAUUGUGCUGAUCAGUGCUUGGUUGAACACCAGCAAGGAUCCCAUAGUGAGCAAUGAACAGAAGCUAGGAUCGUUUUGGAAGAGGAUAGAAGAGUAUUUCAAUUCAAGUCCUCACCUCGUUGGCUCCCUUCCAAGAGAGUGGAGUCAAUGUAAGCAGAGGUGGGGAAGGGUGAAUGCGGAGGUCUGCAAGUUUGUGGGAUGCCAUGAAAGCGCGUUGAAGGAGCAGGCGAGUGGGCAAACAGAGAAUGAUGUCAUGAAGCUUGCUCAUGACAUCUUCUUCAAUGACUAUAAUGUCAAGUUCUGUCUUGAACAUUGCUGGAGGGAACUUAGGUUCGAUCAGAAAUGGAGAUCACACUGUCAGCCGAAGGAGAAAAGGAAGGAAAGUGGUCCGGAGGUGGUGAGUGCUGAGGAAGAGGUUAGGCCUCCGGGUGUCAAGGCCAGCAAAGCUGCCAAACGCAAGAAGCCGAACGAGGCAGCUUAUGACCAGAUACAGAUCAUUCUAGCUCAGAAAAACACCCUUUCCAAUAAAAAAAUCCUAGAUCGUCUCUUAGCCAAAAACAUUGAAACACUAUCUGAUCAUGAAGUGGCGCUUAAGAAUAAGCUUAUCUCUGAAAUGCUUUGA